CCCAUUACCUCCUCCUCGUCCGUUAUCCCAAUGCAAGCCCUUCGCCUGGCGCGCCCCCGGCUCCCUCUUCGCCCUGCAUCUCGCGCGUUCGCCGCUGCGGCCAGCUCCGUGCACGGCGGGGCCCCCGCCGCGUCGUCGUCCGCGUCGCCCGUCAUCCCGCUCUCGAAUGUCGAGGCCAUGUGGGAGCGCCUCUCCGCGGACGAGCAGCUGGUCAUCCACCAGCAGCUCGAGGAGCUCCAGAAGAAGGACUGGAAGAGCCUCUCCAUCGACGAAAAGAAGGCUGCGUACUACGUUGCGUUCGGCCCCCACGGCCCCCGUGCGCCCACCAACCCGCCUGGCACGGUCCCCAAGGUCAUUCUCGGUGUGACGGGCCUCGUCGUCACUGCGACGGUCCUAUUCUACAGCAUUCGUGCGACCGCUCCCCCACCGCCCAAGACGCUCUCGAAGGAGUGGGAGGAGGCCUCGAACGAGCGCGCCCUCGAGCAAAAGAUCAACCCCAUCCACGGUAUCUCAUCGGAAGGCUACUCAGGCCCCGGCUUCGUCACCCACAAGUAGACAGCCGUUUGGGCGGACGGGGCUUCUAUAGAAGGAAUAUGGCCCGUCGCCGUCUGCUGCCAGCAGCGAUGGGCAGGAGAGUGUUGUCCGCGCUGCGUCGGUCGCGGUGGUGGGCGAUAAUAGUUGCAACCUCGUAUACUAAUCUCCUGUAUAUUCCUGCUGUUUCAACCAACUUCGAACUGCAGAUAUCUGCCUGUGUGCGCGGAAAUCAAGUCUAUGC